UCAUGCACAGGAAAGCCGAGAGCACUUGCUACUUCGUGUCAAGAACAAUGCAGGGGCUGUUAGUGUGCUCUGAGACUUUCAGGAGACAAGUUUAACCAGGCACGCUACAUCAUAGUUGACAGAGGAAUUAUUAAGGACUGAAACCUGGGGACACAUGCUGUUUUUAACUUUGGAUUCUCUACAUUGUACAUGAGAAGCAACUUAUCAUGUCACUCCCAGAGGAGGAUCUCACAUGCCCAAUAUGCUGUGACAUCUUUACGGACCCAGUGUUGCUGUCAUGUAGCCACAGCUUCUGCAGGAGUUGUUUGAAGCGCUUUUGGGAAACAGGGAUACGUGAGUGUGCAGUAUGCAGGAAGAAAGCCUCCAAGGCCAGUCCUCCCACCAAUUUGGCUCUGAGAAAUGUCUGUGAAGCUCUGGUGGAGGCCAAGAGGAGUUCAGUGGCGCUGGAAGAGAAGAUGAACUGUAGUCUGCACGGGGAGAAGUUAAAGCUCUUCUGUCUGGUUGACAAACAGCCCAUCUGUGUGGUGUGUCAGUCCUCUAAACUGCACAAGACUCACGACUGCUCGCCUAUAGAAGAGGCAGUUCUCGACUGCAAGGAUGAACUUGCCUUAUCCCUAAAGAACCUGCAAGAGAAAGUGGACAGCCUCAAAAGAAUUCACAUGACCUCUGCGGACAUGUUCAAGUACAUUAAGAUUCAGUCACUGAAAACGCAAAAAUCAAUCAAGAGCCAGUUCGAGCAGCUCCACGAAAUCCUCCACCAAGAAGAGUCGGCCAGAAUAGCAGCUGUGAAGAAAGAAGAAGAAGAAAAAAUGGCAGGAAUGAAGGAUAAGAUCAAAGAACUUUCAGCAGAAGUGCUGUUGAUCGCAGAGACCAUCUCAGUCAUACAGGAGCAGCUGAAAGAAGAGGAUAUGGUCUUGUUGAAGAAUUUCAAAGAUACCCAGGACAGAGAGAAAAGCAUAGCGUUUGGUUCAGACAACAUGGCCGGGUUUCUGAUUGAUGUUACAGUGCAUCUCUGCAACCUCAAGUAUAAAGUUUGGGAGAAAAUGCUGGACCAUAUUGACUACACUCCUGUGACUUUGGACCCAAACACAGCACACCCCUGCCUCAUCCUGUCUGACGACCUCACUUCCGUCCAUUACUCAAAGCAGCACAACAGUUGCCCUGACAACCCAGAGCGCUUCCACAUCAGCGCAGAAGUGGUAGGCAUGACCGCACUGGGCUCAGGAAGCCACCACUGGGUCGUGGAAACAGGAAGUAAUCAAGACUGGCUCCUGGGCGUGGCCUCUUUGUCUGUACCUAGGGACUCUGAGAUCUCCGCUCGGCCUGAGAAUGGAUUCUGGACUUUGUGCUUUCGGGACGGAGAGUUCAGGGCAAUGACCUCGCCACCCACGCCGCUGACAGUUAAAAGAGCGCCAAAACAUGUCAGAGUGCAACUGGAUUACAACAAAGGGACGGUGUCUUUCUUCAACCCUGCUGAUGACACACUCAUUUAUGCAUUCACAGACACAUUCACGGAAACUUUACUUCCAUAUUUUUAUACACAGAGCAGUCAUCCACUGAGAAUAAUGCCAGAGAGGGUACUUGUCACCAUGUUGCGACAAUAAGAGGAUGAAGGUUUUAUGCAAGAAAAUAUGGUUCCAGUCGUGAUUUGAUGGAUGAGUGGGAUUGGUGACAAAUGGUUUCCCCCUAAGAUAACUGGCAGCUAGCUCCAGUUAAAUCUUUACUGGACAUUCGAAUCAAUCAUAAAGGGUUUAAAGGUUCUGUGUGUGACAUUCAGAGCAUUAAUACAGCAGCAAACUGUUAUUUGCUAUGUACAGAUACACAGGAGAAUUGCCUUCUUUCGUAGAGAAUGAAGUCACGUAAACUUUGUGUGCUGUAAUCCAAGCUUCUCUGUGGUUUCUUGUGGUAAGCUGGUCUGGUUGCACGUGCGUGUAUCCUGCUGGCUAUAGCUCAUCGCCACUGCUUUGCACCACCCUUGUACAGCAUGUUAUCACUGAUACCGGGAUGGCAUCAUCUUGGGAGCAAAGCGCCCACCCUCUGGGGUCCCCCUAGUUAACACUGUUAGCUCCGUCAAUGUUGUAGUGCUGUUUAUAGAGUUAGCACGGUUAGCUGCUAGCCACCAGCUCAGCCACUUCCACUUUGUGCUCUGAAUUUCACAUGCAGCCCCUUUGAGAACAGAGUGUGCUGUAUGCUGUGCAGACUGUGAAGUCCCUUGAAGCAAAUGUGUGGUUUUGGGCUGUAUAGAAUUCUUGACAUUUAACUCUUGGCAAGAAACCAAAAAGGGUAUUUCCCAUAUUGUAGCACUAUUGCUUUGAAGGGCAAUGCUCAGAGAGUGUCUAGAUUAUGAAAUGAUUUAACUUUGAAGACAAGCUGUCGUGUUAAAUUGUCAUAAAAUCCAGAAAUGGUUCCUAAAUUGCUAAUGUAAGAGGAUAAAUAUACAUUGCUGUCUGUGGUGGAAGAUGGGAAAGCAUGUUUACAUUAAAAAAAAAUGUUAUAGGUAAAAAUCAGAAGUUUAACAACUAGGUUUUGGUGUGUGGCAAGCCCUGUCUUUCUCACUGUUUUAAAUUGCCUAUGACUUACAUCAAAAUGAAUGACACUGCUGUGCGGGUGUUCUGUGAUUCUUCUAUUGAUGAUUACCAUAUUAUGUUGCACUCAGAUGAGGGAGAGGUUUCUAACUUAUUCAGCACUAUGCACUUUAAAGAAUAAAUAUCACACACAUGCACAAACACAAGUCUGUGUCACAUUCAUGAUGAGGAGUUUAGGCUGUACAGUACUGUUUAUUUCUGUCUUUUGUACACAUGAUGGCGCCAAAGUCAAAUAAAUAUGUUGAAGGCUUUCAUUACA